CGACAGUCAUCUGACUGACCUUGAGGUUUGAUUGAUCAAAGUUCACCUGCAAAUUGCAAGCUAGAAGAUAAGGCAAAGGUAAAAAGGAGUGGAUGAGAGAUUUCCACCAUGUGAAAAGCAUAAAUAUACAGAGGUGUGGACUUCAUUUUUGCUUCAAUCAAUGCUUGAGAAGCUUUCUAAAUCAAAACCCAGACACAUUUGGAACCCAUGCGAUAAGAAGCUACUGCUACAGCUUUCUCCCUCUCCCUCUCCUCACUCUGAGAUGCUCCAAUCUUGUCUUCUUCCAGGGAUAAUGAUGGAUCUCAGUAGAAGCCUAAAGCUUUUCAGUAUUUGCUGUGGCCUGCUGCACUGAUUUCUUGGUCCAUGUGCACCGGGCCUGCUCCUGUAUGAUCGUAUAUAUAACUGAGAAAGAGGUAGAAGAAGGCCACCAACCAUCCACGCAAUUACUUUCAGCUUGUUUGUUUCUUGCCGUUGCCUCCCUGGCCUCACUUUGGCUGCUGCAGGCACUUAAGAGCUCGGAGAAGAACAGCAUCGACAUGGUGAAAGACAUGCCGAACGAUCCCACGCCCUCGACCCAGAUCUCCUUGGACGUCAUGCAGUUUGCCGAGCUCGGAUCGAAGCUGGCGCUUAACCAGUUCGAAGUCUCUGCUCAGGACCAGAGUUGCUUCCUCAAGUUGCAUGACGACGACUUGGUGAUUUCUUCCACCGCCUCGCGUCCGUCGCUUCUUCCUCCUCCACUAGCUACGAGUAGGUUGGACGAGGUGCGACAGCUCCAGAACCGGCGGAAGAGGGCAAGAGCUUGGAAGACGAGCGAGGAGGUGGAGAGCCAAAGGAUGGCGCACAUCGCAGUGGAACGCAACAGGAGGAGGCAGAUGAAUGAGCAUCUCCGGGUGCUGAGAUCUCUCAUGCCCGGAUCUUAUGUGAAAAGGGGAGACCAGGCGUCCAUAGUGGGUGGAGCCAUCGAGUUGGUGAGAGAGUUAGAGCAACUCCUACAACGCCUGGAGUCCCAAAAGAGACGAAGACUCUUCGGCGGUGGCAAAGCUCCAAAAUCGGUGAUGGAUGGCCCGCCGCUGCCUCUCCAGCAGCGCCACCAGGUUAAUCUUCUUGAUCUCGACCACGGCAGCCGCCUCCGGGAGGAGAUUGCGGAGAACAGGUCCUGCCUCGCCGACGUCGAGGUCAGGUUGCUGGGCUUCGACGCCAUGAUCAAGAUCCUCUCUCGUCGGCGGCCGAGGCAGCUCAUCAGGACCAUCGCAGCCCUCGAGGACUUGCAGUUGGCGAUCCUCCACACCAGCAUCGCCACCAUCGAGCCGACCGUUCUCUACUCCUUCAACGUCAAGAUUUCAAGCGAAUCCCUAUGCACUGCGGAAGACAUUGCCAACUCCGUCCAACGGAUCCUGUGCUUCAUCGAUGCAAACACAUCAUCACAAGCGUAAAAUUAAACAGGGUGAAACCGUAGCAUUUCCUGGUUUCUUCU